CAAAUCGUUCCCAAAUCCUACCCAGUCUGCGCGAUCUAGCGAUUGAGAGGAUGGCGAUGACCCGAUUCUUGCUGGGGAGACUGCCGCGCCGUUCCUCGAUUCCCCUGUUACCUUCUCCGGCACCCUCUUCGAGCCCCAUCGCCAGGCGAUCUCUGGCGGGAGCCAUGGAAGCGCCGUCUCCAUCUGGAUAUCCCGCAGCUGCCGCCGCGCGAUCUUUCCUGGCGGGACAAGGCCUCUCCCCUCCAAUGGGCCUGAGGUCCUACCGGCGUUCAUCUGGGUCCAUCCGUCAAUUCAGUACCAACGGGGACAUGAAGGACACGGGAACUGAUAAUGGUAUGCUGGUAAAACUGAUUAAGAGGUUUCUGAAGAAGAUUGGGCAUCCGUCUCAGUUCUCUGGCCCUGAACUGAAAGAAUGGGGGAGGAAUCAGAAACCUUUUAAGGAUACCAACCUCAGUGGCCCUAUCUUUGCUAUGUUCAGUGGUGCCUUAGUUGUAGUCUGGGUCAACGACGACUGGAGAUAUAUCAAAGCGAGCUUCAACGAAUUCGUAGGUGGUCUUACUGGAAGUGUGAAACGCAAGGAUUGAUUGUGUGCUUCAUCUGACACUUGCCUGCGCUGAAUAUUUCCCCCAAUCCAGCAUCGAGAGUUGCUUAUCUUAAUUACCUUAUGGCAUAGCAAUUAUGUGUAUUAACGUGAUCCACCCUCUCAUCUAAACUGGUCUCCUAUGUUGGUGUAACCUAAAACAUGUGUAUGAAAGUUGCUCAUGUUUGUCAC